AUGAGACAGCUGAAAAAUUGGCCAUCGUUGGAGAUAAAGACCCGACAAAUCAACGAUAAGAUCUACGGCCACAUUGUUUUACAUCAUCCGCUCGAGAAGCUUGUCGACUCUCGGGCAUUUCAGCGGCUUCAUUUGCUCAAACAAACGGGUCUCGUUUAUCGGGUUUAUCCAGAGUGUGAACACUCAAGAUUUGUACAUUCACUAGGAACUUAUGAAUUAGCUCGACAGUAUAUGGAACAACUCAGAACACGUCAGGCGGGAUGGAACCGAACUAAAAGAAGUGACGAGGAUAGCGAAGAAAUCGAGAAUAUUACUUCCGCUGACGUUUUAUGCGUUUGCAUUGCCGCACUUUUUCACGAUAUUGGCCAUGGACCAUUUUCACAUCUCUUCGAUGGUGAGUAUCGUAAACGACUUGGCAAAUCUUGGAAGCACGAAGACAUGUCGACUCGAAUUAUCGAUUACUUCUUCCUGGAAAAUCCACGAAUAAGAAAGAUUUUCGAACCUUAUUUGGGCCUCGAUGAUGCUACAUAUCGACAAAAUAUCGUUUUUAUCAAGGAGCUUAUCAACAGCAAAGAUAUUUUGAGUAUUCGAAAUAUCGACGGAAUCGAAGAUUUAAAACAGAAAGAAAAUGAAAAUCGAAAAUCGUGGUCAAUGAAAGGAAGACCAAUCGAAAAAUCGUUUCUGUAUGAUAUCGUCUCGAAUGCUCAAAGUGGACACGACGUCGAUAAAAUGGAUUAUCUUCUCAGGGACUCAAUUGCUUCGAAUGUUUCGAUUAAUCUGAAUUUUAACACAAUUCAAAGGUUGAUUGGCACACUGAGAAUUGUUCGUGAUCCAAAUACGGGCACUCUUCGAAUCGGUUAUCCAUCGAAAUGUACGAAUGAUAUCAAGGCGAUCGGAGAUGCUAGACAGGAACUUCAUUCGAAAGUGUAUCAGCACAAGACCGUUCGAGGAAUGGAAUUAAUAAUGGUAGACGCCUUGGUCGCCGCGUCUCCUUAUUUGGAAUAUCAAGGAUCAGAUCGUAAAUACAAAUUACACGAGGUUUUCGAUGAUGUCGAAGCUUUCUUGCAAACUAGCGAUUUCGUUGAGCAAGAGAUUUUAAACUCCACUCGUGAAGAAUUGAAGCCUGCAAAGGAAUUAAUUGAGAAACUUUUGACACGAAAUAUCUACAAAAAGAUAAAUUCUCGUGAAGUUUCGCCGCUCAAAGCAAAGAAUAUCGACAUCAAUAAUGGAAAUAUUACUUUGCAACAAGCAUUGGAUCAAAUUACAAAAAGAAUGCUUUCAAGACAUGAAGGACAUUCGGAGAAGUUUGUCGUCUUGGCACGAGACCUUGGAAAAGGACUUGAUGCUGAAACUCAUCCCGUUGUUCGUCAAAUUUUCUAUGAUGAUAAUGCAGAUUGCGGAGAUGAGCCACCAGUUGGGCAUUAUGUUGAUGAUGAAUUCGUAGAAACAAAUUACCCACAAACCGCUUCUAAAUGGGAAUUCUUCGUGCUUGUCGAUCGAAGUUUGGAUAGUCAAACUCAGACAAUGAUCGGCCACAGUCUUAACGAAGCCAUGGCUGAAAUAAGCGGUGAUCAACACAUUAUCUAUUUGCAGGGUCGAACCCACCAAUCAUCCGCCGUUCGCAUCCUUUUCACUCAAUACGUCAACGAGAGCAAUGUUGUUUGUAAAUAG